AUGGAGUUGAACAACCGUUUGUUGGUGAUGAUGCGGCAGAAUAAUCGUGGUCGCAUUAUUUUUAAUAGUUCGGUAUUGGGGCUUGUCGCUUUGCCUUUCCGUGGUGCCUAUAAUGCGAGCAAGUAUGCCAUUGAAGGUUUUGCCGACACCUUACGCUUGGAACUAGAUGAUACCCAUAUUGAAGUGUCCUUGAUUGAACCGGGGCCAGUAGAAAGUAAGUUUCGUCAAAACAGCUUAUUAGCGUUAAAAGAAAAUAUUGAUAUGGAGAAUAGUGUUCAUCGAGACUU